AUGCUUGGGACCAAAUCCGACGUCAAAUCAUUCGGGGUCAUGCUGCUGCAAAUCCUCACGGCCCGGCCUGCCAUGUGCCUCUCGCACCAUCCAGUCGAGGAGGCCCUCUCAUUAUUGGCCGAGCCCAAGCUGGCUUUAAAGUGUUGUGAACUGAGGAGGGACCGCCUGUCUCCGUGGUCGAAGAAGACUAAUGAUGAUUGGCGUCAGUUUGACACGCCCGAUCUCGACUCGGUGAUCCUAACUGAGCUCGAGAGGCUGAGGAACGUGGGAUUAGAAGUGUCGCAUGGGGUGAACUUUUUCUAUGCACACUCGCAGGGUGAUUGGAACUUUCACGGACACAAUAGAGCUCUCGUCGCACAUGGUUUCCGCUGCCAGCGGGAGGCGGCGGUGGAUGCCGCUGCGACUCAGUUGAAUGCCAAGUUAUUCGGUUGCUAUGUAGUUGGCAGUGCAGGAACCAAACACAAGGUGGACCUGCUAAAAGAGAAGAUUGGCUUUGACGAUGCAUUUAACUACAAAGAAGAAAGUAAUCUCAAACCAACACUUCAGAGGUACUUUCCCGAUGGCAUUGACAUAUACUUUGACAAUGUGGGAGGUGAAAUGUUAGAAGCAGCAGUUGAUAACAUGAAUGUAUUUGGUAGAGUUGCCAUUUGUGGGGUGAUAUCCGAGUACACGAACAGCAAAAAAAAUUCUAAGUUGGAUAUGUUUUCUGCUUUACGCACAAUUUCCCUUGAAAUUCCCAGAAAAGCUAGCGGAUUGAGGAAGCUUCAAGAAGAGAAGCAGGAAGCCGGAAGGGCAUUAAAGGAAAUUACAGUUUGUGGAUAG